AUGCCCAGCAACGACGAAUCGACACCUCUCCUCCCUCAAAUAGACCCUGCCGCCUCCGGCAACGAGGCCGCCUCAGAAGACGACAUGAGCGCCCUCACUUUUUGGAGAGUCGGAGCCGCCUUGGGCGCUGCUGGAGUUGGACUCGGUGCAUUCGGAGCCCACGGGCUCAAGUCGCGCAUCUCUGACCCUCAGAGGCUCGCCAAUUGGUCGACUGCUGCGCAUUAUCAGCUCAUCCACGCCGGUGUCCUUCUGGCGGCAAGCGGCAACCCCAUCGCCAGUUCUCUGUUCACGGCGGGCAUCACCAUGUUCAGCGGCAGUCUCUACGCGCUAGUUCUCGAUCCAGAGAGGUUUAGGUUUUUGGGCCCCGUUACGCCUCUGGGAGGCCUCUGUUUGAUUGGUGGCUGGGUAGCACUUGCGGUCACCAAGAAUCCCCGGUUCCUUCGAGCUCUCAGGCAGUAG